UCUAGAGCCGUACUGCUACAAAGAGUGAUGGUCGUUUGGUGCUGUGUCCGUUCUAGCUGGCUAGGUGUUGAACGUUCGCCAUGGCCGCCAGAUUACCCGCGUGUGUGCUUGAUGCUGGCACGGGAUACACCAAGCUGGGUUUUGCUGGCAACACCGAGCCACAGUUCAUCUUCCCAUCGUCCAUAGCCGUCAAAGAAUCAGCUGAAGUCGGCGAUCAACCGGCGAGAAGCGUAACGAAAGGCGUAGACGACUUGGACUUCUACAUCGGCGACGAAGCGACGGAGAAGUCAGGAUACUCGAUCAAAUAUCCGAUCCGCCAUGGUGUCGUGGAGGACUGGGACCUGAUGGAGCGUUUCUAUGAGCAGUGCAUAUUCAAAUACAUGAGAGCAGAGCCGAAGGACCAUUUCUUCCUACUCACGGAGUCUCCGCUAAACUCGCCAGAGAAUCGUGAUUUAACGGCCGAGAUUAUGUUCGAGUCGUUCAAUGUCGCCGGUCUCUACAUCUCUGCCCAGGCUACGCUGGCUUUGGCCGCAUCGUGGACAUCGCGACAUUUAGGAGAUCGGACGUACACAGGAACGGUCAUUGAAUCAGGUGAUGGUGUUACCCACGUUAUCCCAGUGGUUGAGGGCUACGUACUUGACAGCUGCAUCAAGCAUAUUCCCAUCGCUGGCAGGGACAUCACAUAUUUCGUGCAGCAACUGCUGUGUGAUCGAGAGACUGACAUUCCACCUGAGCAAUCACUGGAAACAGCCAAGCUGGUGAAGGAACGCUACGGCUACAUUUGCGCUGACGUGGCCCAAGAGUUUAACAAAUAUGACACGAAGCCGGACAAGUGGAUGAGGAAACACGGCGGUGUUAAUCCCGUCACCAAACAGAAGUGGAGCAUUGAUGUUGGCCACGAGCGCUUCCUCGGACCGGAGAUCCUCUUCCACCCGGAGUUCUUCAAUCCCGACUUCACCAUUCCGAUUUCCGAGACCGUCGAUACUUGCAUCCAGAACUGCCCGAUUGACGUGCGCCGUCCGCUGUACAAGAACAUCGUGCUCAGCGGCGGCUCGACCAUAUUCAGGGACUUUGGCCGCCGUCUGCAGCGUGACGUUAAGCGGGUGGUGGAUGCGCGCCAGCGCCUGAGCGAGAAGCUGAGCGACAGCCGCAUCAAGCACAAGCCGAUGGAUGUGAAUGUGAUCACGCAUCACAUGCAGCACUACGCGGUCUGGUUCGGCGGCUCAAUGCUGGCCAGCUCUCAGGAGUUCUAUCAGGUGUGCCACACAAAGAAGGACUACGACGAAAAGGGCCCGGUCAUCACGCGCCACAACCCGAUCUUGAUAGAACUUCCCGUGUCUCUCUAGACGUCCCAUUGUACAGCCACUCAACCAGCGGAGGAACGGUUACUACCAAUAUCGCUUUUUCAAGGUUGGUUGGGCAUAUUAUCACCAACUCCUUCCAAUGCUACUUUGUACCCGCAGCCUGGUUCGCUAUCCGGGUACGAGUGUCCCCCGCUUAGUAGGUGACGAUUCUCUGCGUACGUCAUGUGCUUGCCUGUGUUUGUGCGUUUCUGUGCAUAUUUUACCCAAUUUUCCGGACUGCACCAUUUUCCCAUACCAGUGUGCAUACCGUAUGUAACAAAGUCAUCUAUAUAGUGGUUACGUUUUUGCCGGCACCUGGAGCCGCUUUUUUGAUUUUCCAACUUCUAGUACAAGUAGUUGUUGUUGCACAGCAGGCAGGCAUAGUGGGAUGGUCUAAGACCAUGAUUGAGAAACAGAGGGUACCAGGUUCAAGUCCUGCUUGGAAGCGGAAGGAUUUUUCCAGCCGUGCUGCGACCCACAGAUAAUUGCGCGCCCAUGGUGCUCGCACUGCAGCCACAACCCGUGGCCAAGUCUCUGCUGCUCUUGUUCUGCCCCCCGCUAACACCCGAUAUGGCUUUCGUGCAAUUUCUUAUUAACCCACAUGCAUGCACGCAUACACACAAUAAAACUUAAAACAACCAAAACAUCAAUAUGCACAUUUAUCCAGACACGCUCUCACAUACACACGCACGCAUGUGCGUGCCAAACGUACAAAACGUGGACGCGUGUACACCAAGCAGAUAGAAUACAAGGAAGUGGGGUUUGCCAUAGUUUUUUUUUCUCAAUUUUGUCUGAUAAAUAUUUACGAGACUUUGCAUCGAGCGACACCGUGGAUAACA